AUGAAAAAUGAAGUUAGGCCAGUUGUGGGAAUGCAACUAAUCAGUGGCGAAGCAGAAAAUUCGUUUAAUGGAAAUGUGGCUGGUGAUGGAUCAUUCAACAAUAAUGCAAAUGAUGAUAACAGCGGUCGCAGAUAUGAUGGAGUCGGUAGACGCUACGGAGGAAGAAGACGCGGUGGAUAUGGUGGAUAUGGUGGAUACAAUCCAUAUGGUGGAUACAAUCCAUAUGGUGGAUAUGGUGGAUACAAUCCAUAUGGUGGAUACUUUCUGUUUGGCGGAUAUAAUCCGUAUACUGGACUUGACGGAAAUGGUUUUGGUGGCUUAGCUGGCCUGGGUAACUACGAUGCCCUUCUCGAUUCAGCAAGACUUGGAAGCCUUUUUGGUCGUCGUUAA